AUGGGAGAUAACAGACUGAGUGAUCUUAUGGUUUUAAAUUUAGAGAAAGAAGAAGCUAAGUACCUAAAGGUUCUUUCAACUGAACAGGAAGUUGCUGGUAAUGACUUAUUAAAAACAGCUGAAUCAUCCGUCUUUCCCAGUGCCGCAACUACCGCAGGUGCAGGCGGUGCAAGGCACCGCCUGAUGGGCCUCACAAGGAAAGUGGCGCUUCCAUCGCCCAGUGUACCUCCAGUACACUGCAUUAGCCGUACCCUGACCUUAAGUGGUUGGGGUAGUCUGGAUCCUAAGAACAAGCCUCGGACUAGAUUUAAUGGAAAAAGACAUGGAAACGGAAACACGGAACUUACUUUUGGAACUUGGAACGUACGAACUCUUUACAAACCCGGUGCUGCACAAAGUAUGAUUAAGGAAGUAGAAAAAUAUGGUCUAGGAGUAGUAGCUCUGCAGGAAAUAAGAUGGAAGGAAGCAGGAAGUAUAGACAUGGGCAAUAUGACAAUCCUUUUUGGGGGGUGUGAUGAAAGAAGACAAUAUGGAGAUGGUUUCUCGGUACGUAAGAAUAUAGUACCAACGAUAAAAGAUUUUAGAAUAAUUAACCCAAGACUGGCGUUGCUGAAAAUAGAGACUAAAUCGUUCGAUAUCGUAUUCAUUAACGUACAUGCACCUACGGAGGACAAAUCACAACAAGAAAAAGAAAAAUUUUAUACUGAGAUAGAACAACUACUAGAAGGGAUUAGCAAUAGCAAAAUAAAAAUUGUACUAGGAGACAUGAACGCCAAAAUAGGGAAAGAGAGAUCAUAUAGACCAACUAUUGGUACCCACAGUUUACACGAAAUGACUAAUGGCAAUGGCACAAAACUUGUGGAUAUUGCCAUAGGAAAAGGUCUUAAAGUUAAGAGUACAAUGUUUCCGCAUAAGGACAUACAUAAAGGGACGUGGGUGUCACCUGAUAGAGGCACAACAUACAGAGGAGCUGACUGCGACUCAGACCAUUUCCUACUGGCUAGCAACCUUAGGGUUAAGCUAAAAACAAUGAGUAGGAAUAUGAGACCGGAAAUUGUCAUGUAUGAUGUAGAGAAACUCAGGGAUAGUAGGAAAGCUAGAGAAUUUCAAGAGAACAUACAGAAAAUGGCGCGAGAAUUUAACUCAAACCCCGAAACAGGAGAAGCCCAUAGAACGAAGAAAACCUGGUUUAAUGCUAUAUGCCAAGAAGCCUUGAAAAUAAGGAAAAUAGCAAGAGAAAGAUGGCUAAAUGAUGCUAACAAUCAGGAAGAAGAAAGAAUCUUUAGAGUUAAAAGGAAAGAAGUUCAUAACAUUUUUAGAUGUGAAAAUAGAAAGCAUGUUCAAAAUGUAAUAAGGGAGGCAGAACAAGAUUACAGGUUACACAAUACACGGCAGCUAUAUCACAAGUACUUUGAAAAGCUACUCAAUUGUGAAGUACCAGUUGAUACAUUUACAUAUGGACACAACGAACCCAAUUAUGAUCCCUUCCCACCCCCAUCAAAGGAAGAAAUCGAACAACAGAUCAAAAGGCUUAAAAGCCACAAGUCACCCGGGAAAGAUGACCUUCAAGGGGAAAUUCUAAAGCAUGCGGACAGCUCCAUGAUAGAAAGUAUAUACUUGUUGAUAAAAGAAGUGUGGGAGACGGAAAUUUUACCAAUAGAUUGGGGAGUAGCAUACAUAUGCCCAAUACACAAAAAAGGCGACAAGCAAGUCUGUAGUAACUAUAGAGGAAUAGCGUUGCUAGAUACAACAUAUAAGGUAUUAUCAUAUUGCAUCCUGGAUAGAAUCAAACCUCUGGCCGAACAAGUGGUGGGGGACUAUCAAUGUGGAUUCAGGCAAAAUAGGUCAACGACGGAUCAGAUAUUUAUAAUCAGGCAGUUAUUCCAGAAAAGCUGGGAAUAUAAUAAGGAACUCCAUGUUAUCUUCGUUGAUUUUCAAAAGGCGUAUGACAGAAUAGAUAGAACUAGCAUAACCGAAAUUCUGAAACAUUUCCAUUUCCCAAGGAAAAUAGUACAAUUAGUUGAAGCUAGUAUAAGACAAACUAAAGUCAAAGUCAAAGUAGGAAACGCGACAUCGAGGAUGGUGGAGGUGAUCCGAGAAAUAAAUAUUGGAAGAGAUGAAGGAGUAAGAAUGGAUAGAACUUGCUUUAGUCUGCUCGCCUAUGCAGACGAUAUUAUAGUCUUGCUAGGAGAAGAUGAACAAAAAGUGGUAGGUUUAUGCGGCAGGUUAAUAGAAUCGGCAAAGAAGGUAGGGCUACAUCUCAACAUAGAGAAAACGCAGUACAUGAAAGUUAGUAGGGAACUAGAUAACCAUCAGGAAACCGAAACCAUAACAGUUGGCCAGUACGAGUUCAAAUAA